CCUUUUUUGAAACAGCGCAGUCGGCCCAAUUUUAGAGUCCCGUCGAGGCAUGGAGAUGCGCCGCCUCACGACGCCGGUGGUCAUCGACAACGACGAUGACGACGACGACAUGGGUCGUCCGCUCGAGGCGCCUGCGUCAGGGGCACGCAAAGAUCCAGCAGGCCCCGAGUCGGCCGAUAUUUUCCCGAGGUGGCUCGUCGAGCGCAAGGACUUUCAGACGUUCUUUCCACGCUUCUCCAACAAGGUGAUCCUUGAAGACGACAAGCUCCGACUCGCGGCGCAGAAGGACCCUGAUGCGCGCAACGGCAUUGACAUUCAGCUCCUCUCCAAGUGGCUCGUCAACGUUCCGGCGCUCAAGUCGCUCAACGUGGUGCAAGCCGGCGAGCUCGCCAAGCGCAUGCGCUGGGCGUCCGUGGACCCGCUCGAAUUUGUGUUUCAUAAAGGCGACAUUGGCGAUGCCUGCUACAUCCUUGUCACUGGCGAAGUGUACGUGGUUGUCAACAAUGAGCGCGUCGGGACGCUCAAGAAGGGCAUGAGUUUUGGCGAAGUCGCGCUCGAGCUCGAGGACGCGCGCCGCACCGCCGACAUUCAAGCGAGUGAGCGCGGCGCUGAGCUUCUCGUGAUUCGUGGCGAAGACUACCAAAAGAACGUGUUUCGCUACCAAGCCAAGCGCCGAAAGAAGCUCACGCGCUGGCUCCGAAACGACAUUGCGAUUUUCCGCGAUUUUUCCGACAACAAACUCCGGUAUUUCGAGUCGGUCUCGGUGGACCUCUUUCUGCACGCGGGCAACUGCGUCUACAUGGAAGGCGAAGACGUCGGCGCGCUCUACUUUGUCAAAUCUGGUACGGACGCUCGACUUGUAUCGAUGCCGAAUCGGCGGGUAGGGUCCAUCUCGCUCGAAAAGAACGUGCUCUUUGAAACCAAGCACCGACGCCCCGUGACCGUGCACUCGUGGGUCGUGCAGUCCCACAAGACGAGCGUCCAAGUCCCAUGCUUCACGGUCGAAGCCACGGGCUCGUUUGGCAUGGAAUUCUUCGUUCAACUACCGACGCGGAGCCAUACGGCCGUCGUGCUGACGGAUACGCACUUGGUCGCAAUCAACAAGGUCGACUGCGCCUCGACCAUGCAUACGUUUAGCGUCAAGGCCGUGGACCGUCUUACCGACGCGUCCAUGUAUGUGCACGCUCGAGGCAACACGUUGGGGCAUUUGUAG